UGGGUUUGAUGGAUUUGUUUGUCUAUUGCAAAAUUGAACCCAUGUUUUAUUUUAUUUUUUGGGCAAUGAAAAGGUAUAAUUUUUAUUUAUGGGUUUGUCUUAUUUUUAUUGGAAGUUAAGAUUUUUUUAUGGUAUUGAUUGACUUGGCUUUUGGGAUUCUCACUAUUGUUGUUUUGUGCUUUUUGUGUGUCACUGUUUUCUGCUCCAUUCCAUCUUGAUUUCAUUGGUAACAGUAAAAGGAAAAAAAGGUUCUUUCUUGUUGAAAAGGGUUUUACUUUAAGUCAGUGAAAGAAAAAUCAUUUCUAGCUGGUGAUUUCUUUUUCCUUGGUCUUUCAGAAUCUUAUGCAAAUCAAACCCUUAGUACCCUUUUGUUUGGUUGCUUGGUAGAUAGAGGAAAGAAUAUGGAUUAUUUGUUGAUUGAAUUCUAAAGUGUAAUUGAAAAAUGGAAGGUGAUAUAUUCGGAGAACUAGGCGAAACGAGUCAAGUAGAUAGUAGGCUUUUACAGGUAUUUCAGAAGAGUUUACUGCAAGCGCAAGAUAUUUUGAAUCAGAACCGGCUUUUAAUCAAUGAGAUAAACCAGAAUCAUGAGUCUAGGAUGCCUGAUAAUCUGAGCAGAAAUGUCGGUUUGAUUAGAGAGCUCAAUAGCAAUAUCAGAAGAGUGGUUGAUCUUUAUGCUGAUCUUUCGAGUUCUUUUAACAAGUCGCAAGAAGCUUCGUCUGAAGGGGACUCGAGUGGAACUCUAAAAUCUGAUGGAAAAGUCAACCAGAAGAGAAUUAGAUCAAGUUAACAGGUUGAAAUUCGAGGUUUCGUGAGGCUGUGAAGUGAAGAAGUUUAUUCUGAUGCUGAAUGAAUGAAUUUUUCUGGUGAGACUAUGUGUAACUCGUCCAAGGUUUCUUCUGCGCGAUUUCUUCCGUAUUGGUUUUAUGUUUAAAAAGGCUCAUAGCUUUAGUUGAUAAUCUAAUUAAUGUAGCAUCAAUUUGAGGACUUCACAGUUGUGAUUUUCUGUAACACUGUUAGCUUCAUGAAAUGAAACAUGUUCUUGUGGACAAGUUAAUCAAA